AUGGGAUACAGAGUUUUUCAACCUUUCUCUGGGACUAAGACUGGUGGAGAGUAUAUGAAUUAUCCAAAAUACAGAACUCAUCAUUCUUCAGAUGGUGACCAGCACUUCAGCCAACCUCAGAAGAUGAACAUUCUUUCAAAUGGAGCUCACUACAGAGCACACAAUGUACAAGGAACCUUUAGAAACUGUAAACAUUCAUCUUCUGGUUUUGGACAGAAAAUGGGAAGCAAUUAUGCAGUAUAUAGGUGUCACAUGAGUAAUUUUGGCAACUGCAAUACCUCCAAGAAUAAUGAUCUACUCAACCUUGAUGAAAAGAAAACCAUGCAGUCACUCAAUGGUCGACUGGUGUCUUAUCUGGAAGAUGUGAAGUCAUUGGAGGGGGAGAAUGUCUUGCUGGAGAAUAAAAUCUGUGAAUGGCAUGAAGAAAAUGAAGCCCUAGUAUUCCCCGAUUGUAGUCAGUACUUCAGUACUAUUACUGAUCUCCAGAACCAGGUACUUACAGCCGGUGCACACAAUGGCAACCUUAUUAAAAAGAUAGAGGAUGGACAAAUAACUGCUGAUGGCUAUAGGAAAAACUAUGAGAUGGAACUAAUGAUGAGGGCAAAAGCUGAAGAGGCAUUAUGCAAUCACUAUAGAUUACUGGAAAACAUUCAUAUGGAGAGCCAUGUUCUGGAUACACACAUAGAAUACCUGGAGGAGGAGCUACUUCAAAUAAAAAAAAUAAGUGAAGAGGAGAUAACCUCGCUCCAAGCUCAGCUAGGAACUAGAGUCAAUGUAGAAGUAGAGACGGCUCCUUCCAUAGAUCUGAAUACAGCCUUGUCUGAGAUUCGAACUGAAUAUGAAACACUAAUGGAGAGCAACCUUAAUGAUGUCGAAUUUUUUUUCCAGGAAAUGACUUCCAGACUGUCCUUAGAAGUAUCUUCUGGCAUUGAACAACUCCAACUAUCUAAUAAUGAGGUGACAGAAUUAAAGCUCUGUGUACACACACUAGAGACUGAGCUGAAGAAACAGCUGAGUAUGAUAACGGCUUAUGAAUCCACACUGACAGAGAUACAUGAACAAUAUGGCUCCUACCUCAGUCAACUACAGGACUUGAUAAAUAUGAAUGAAUCUCAAAUGGCUGAGAUCCAAUCUAAGCUGGUGGAACUAAAUUACGAGUGCAACGUCUACAUGGAGAUAAACUCUUCGCUGGAGAAGGAAAUAGAUGCAUAUAAGUACCUGCUGGAAGGACAUGAUACUUUGAAUUCUCCUCUGGAAAUUACAGAAGUGAACGGACAGUUCUGGUGUGAAAGUGAUGAAGAUAAAUCAGAAAAAAUAUCGUAUGAGUGA